AUGAUCCCACUUACCUUUCAGAUACUCAUACAGUUCCUCUCCUGCGCUAUCGGAGUUUACGCAUGGAACACAUUCACUGUUCCACAUAUCUCUGGGAAAGAUGACACCCCAGCACUGCUUGCCGCUCUUCCAAAGUUUUCCACCAAUUCAACCAUUCUUUUCAAAGAGGGCAUCACCUACAACAUAUUCACACCAUUGACCUUCCCAAUCCUUAACAAUGUUGAGGUUGUCAUUGAAGGGAACCUGACAUAUCCUUCUGAUAUUCCGACAAUCCAAGGCGUUCUCGGGGUCAUGGUGGGUCUCGACUAG